AUGGCCGAUCACGAUGUGAUGAUAGACGUCAACGUCGGCGAAAGUACAACAGAGGCAGAUUCUGGUAUAGAAAACGGAAAGAAUGAUACCAGCAGCGAAGGGGACACUGUUGAUAGCCCAUCCAAGAAAGUUCACUUUGAUGGUGAUAUAUAUGCACAGAAACCGACACAAGAAUCCGAUGCAAAUGUGAACGAGGAGAAAUUGUUGCUUGCAGCAACUCUGGUGUUAGACGCAAAACGGGGUCGGAACAUGGAAUUCAAAAACGGCCAUGAUCAUGUGAAAGCCUAUAUAUUAUACCACAAGUUCUACUUGCGAUGGCUGUUGUACUUCUUCAUCAUCAUUGACCUUGCCCUUGCCCUGGUGGAGCACCCUGCCGUUCCUGGCUGGCUGGCGCCAUACUGGGCUACGAUGAUUGUUGAGGGCAUAUGUAUGGCGUACUUCACUUUUCGUAUCUGCCAUUGUGCCUAUGUCACAACCAAGUUCUGGAAGGACACCAAGAACAUCAUGGUCAUCGGUUGUAUUGUGCUAACCAUGCUAGAUAUCAUCUGUUUUAUUGUGUGGCAAAACCUGGUCACCCCACCUACCCGUGCCAUUCGAUGGUCAAGGUCACUUAGACCAUUCUUCAUUGUGAACUUCUCAGAUGGGAAACAGAUUCGUCGAGCUUUUCGCAACAUCCGGCGAACUGUGCCAGACAUCCUCAAUGUGCUCAUCCUGUUCAUCCUAAGUGUGUUUCUCUUUGCCCUGUUGGCUCUCAAGCUGUUCUACAAGAGAAAGAACUUGGUUUAUCCUAAUGGAGACCCUUACUUCAAGAACUACCUGGACUGUGUGUGGGAUCUGUAUGUGCUUGUCACAACCGCCAACAACCCUGAUGUCAUGAUGCCAGCCUAUGACUUCAACAACUUUUUUGCCAUCUUCUUCAUCAUCUACCUCAUCAUCUGCCUGUACAUCUUCAUGAGCAUCGUCCUGGCCGCCAUCUACAACAACUACAAGAAGAACCUCAAGAACGAGGUCCGCAUGUCAGUGUACGGCAAGCGGCGUCGGUUAGCCAAAGCAUUUGAGCUACUCAAAGUGCGUCGGAGCGGAGAGUAUGCAAUUACCAAGUCAAGCUGGAUCAAGUUGAUGGGGAUUGUGCUUCCCACCAAGAGCAAUGCACACCUCGAGGUCAUGAUGAAGGUGCUUGAUAUCGGGGGCAACGAAUGUAUACGUAAGAAGCAAUUCAUGGGACUGGCCGAUCUCCUUCAGGUGGAGCUCAGCGAAGUCAAGGAUAGACAGACUUUGAUAGAGAAAUAUUUCCCUAAAGUAUAUAACUCCUAUGCCAGCGUGUUGCUGAAGAUCGUCGUCCGACACAAAUUUUUCCGUUAUUCCUUUGACUUCCUCAUCUUCAUCAAUGCCUUCUUCAUCGCCUUUGAUAUUGACGAUGCAGACUGGUUCUUCCUCUCCAUGUUCAUGUUGGAAAUAUUUCUGAAACUCUAUACAUAUGGUGCCAAAGAGUUUUUCAUGAGAUUCUGGAAUAUAUUUGAUUUUUUUGUGAUAGCUGCCUGCGUGGUAGCCUCUGCUGUGGAGCUUAUUAUUGGAGCUUGUAAGUGGGCUUUAAAAUAUAUAUUUUUAAAUUUAAGAAACGGCUGCUUUGUGAUUAAACUGUUUGGCAGCAUACAGAGAUUUAAAAUCAUCAUUAUGACCAUCGUCAACAUUGGACCUUCCAUUCUGACUUAUGGCGGCGUCAUAAUGGUAUUCUACUACUUCUAUGCUAUUAUUGGGAUGGAAAUCUUCAACAAUAAGAUACAAUACUUCGGCUACAAUGAGUCAACGUUACUGGAAACUCAGAGAUACUGUGGCAACCCAGCGAUAAAGGACUCCACAUUCUACAAGUCCCAUUACUGCAGUAACAACUUCAAUGAUCUGCUCAAGUCAAUUGUGUUGCUGUUUGAGUUGACAGUAGUCAAUCAAUGGCAUGUGCUCACCUCAGGGUUCGUGUUGGUAACCUACAAGGCUGCCAGGAUAUAUUUCUUUCUCUUCCAUCUCACAUGUGUUGUGCUGGUGCUCAAUAUUUUCACAGCGUUCAUCCUAGAAGCGUUCAUCCUGGAGUAUUCUCUGCAGAAGGUUCCCAAACUAGAGUCGCAAGUUGAAGCCAAGAUCAAGGAAAUGGGCCUCGGCAUUGGCAGCAAGAAGCCAAACCCUAAGAUUUCGUCAUCAACAGAUUCCAUAGAACUUGUGGAUAAUGAAGUACCCCCAGACAGAAGAGAGGAUGACAAGGGAGACGACUCUGACACGGACAGCAUCCCAGACCUCUCACAGGAAAUAGGACUGAAGUUUCAUCUCAAGAAGAAAAGUCGCAAGAAGGUGGAGGUGUUGCUGAUGCAGAUGUUCGAAGGAGAGAUUGAAGAUGAUGACGAGGGUCCAGAGCUCAAUGAGGAGUACUACGCUACACGCAGACCAACUCUAGAAUCAAUCACAUGAAAGGCCUGACAUCACGCAUCGAAUAUACCUUACCCAUCUCACACUCCAGCAUUCCCAGGAUGCACUAGUGACCUUCAUGUGGUCACUUCAUGUCAGACAUCUUGCUUUUUGAGUCCCUUCAGCUACACACCCUCAUUGGUCUGCCCAUCAACUAUUAUUCAAAGUGGCAUUAAACUCUGAUAAUUUAAAUACUAUUAAAAUGUAUAACGGCACCUAACAUAUUUUGAUCAUAAAGUUGAUCAUGUCAGACCCCAUUGAUCAAGUUAGUGAGUGAUAGAGUUGGGUUUUAUGCAGCUUUAAGCAAUAUUCCAGCAAUAUCACGACGGGGAACACCAGAAAUGGGCUUCACACAUUGUACCCAUGUAGGGAAUCGAACCCGGGCCUUCGGUGUGACAAGAGAAUGCUUUAACCACUGGGUUACCCAACAGCCCUUUCCAUAGUUUAGGAAACAACUUUUCAAAAUGUAUACAUGCAUUCAUAAUUGGUUAAUUUGGAAUUUGUUUAAGUCCUGAUGAUUUCAGCUGACAAUUUACCAUCUGGAUUAAUGGGGUUGAAUUGUAUAUAUCUUAUAAUAACACUUAUUUAAGAAAUGGCAUCAGUAUGUAUUUUGUUGUGAUAUGAACAAAUCAUUGUGAUAUAUAUUAUAAAUAGUAACUGAACAUA